AUGGCAGGAGGCGAGGUGAAAAGGAAGAAGGCUCAUCGCAAGCACGGUGACACCAGAACAUACAAAUCACACAAACGAUCCGAAGAUGACACCACAACACUCAAAUCUGUCGUUACCACUGACCGUCCCGCCGACAUUGACGCUCUUCGAAAGGCAAGACUCGCAUAUAUAGCCAAAUCACCGGACGAAAGACGAAAAGAGAUGAAAUAUGAAUAUGUGAAACGGUCCAGGACGGUGUCGCAGGUGGGUGGGGAAGGAGAGAAGCGACACAAGACACCUCGCCAUCGUUCUCCAGAUCGAGAAGGCACGCGAACAGAGCGACGCUCCACCAAGCGCCGCACAGACGAUGAGAGACGCCGAACGCCCCGAGAUGAUAGCGAAGACGAAUAUGUGUAUGAAAAACCAAAGAAAACGUCGGUUCAUGACGAAGCGCAUACGAAAACGUCCACAAGGCAAAGGACAAAGACCGCAGAACCGAAUAUGAGGGGAAUAGACGAAAGACGACGGAUACCAGAGCGCCGGCACACAGAACCGGCGAGACAGAUAGAGUCGCAGGAUGUAGAUCAAGAAGAGCAACCUCGAGGCGCAGACCAGUGCGAACCACCACAACCACAACGUCCAAGCACCGUUUUGAUCGAAAAGCCCCAGCGGCCCUCUCUCAAGAGAAGCGCAACAUCCACAAGACCAAAGACUGAAGUGAGCAGUAUAAAACCGUCGGAGGCGAAUGUGACUCCCAAGAAGGCCCCCAGUCUCCUCAGCGGAUUCCUCCCUCCCAAACCGGUACCAGCGAAGAAAGUCUCAUGCCUGACAUGUGGCGCCGACGAUAUCCCGAUUUCUCAAUCAGCCCGACUACCAUGUACGCAUCGAAUGUGCAAUUCAUGUCUCAAGCGGAUUUUCACCAUGUCCGUCAAAGACCCAGCGCACAUGCCUCCUCGAUGCUGUACAGAUCAGCACAUCGACCUCAAACACGUUGACAAACUCUUUGACCAAAAAUUCAAGGUUCUAUGGAAUCGGAAGUUCGACGAGUACAAGACCAAGAACCGGAUAUACUGUCCGGCACGGAAAUGUGGGGCUUGGAUCAAGCCGCAUUAUAUCACCGUUGAAAAUGGUCGCAAAGUGGGACGUUGCAAGCAAUGCAAAACCCGAGUGUGCGCGAUUUGUUCGCAAAAAAUGCACACGACACGCGACUGCCCCAAAGAUCCGGCGACGAAAGCCUUUGUCGAGGUCGCGAAAGCCAAGGGCUGGCAGCGAUGCUACAACUGUUCUGCAAUGGUUGAGCUGAAAGAGGGAUGCAACCAUAUGACGUGUCGCUGUACCGCGGAGUUCUGCAUGGUGUGCGGCUUGAAGUGGAAAUCAUGCGAUUGUCCCUGGUUCAAUUAUGAAGCCGUCGAUGAGCACCUUGGUGACCCAGUGCGAUACCAACAGGAACUAGACCGGAGGAGAGAUCAAAUUGAUCGAGAUGAAGCGCUGGCCCGACGCAUGCAACAAAUGGGUCUGGGCGGCAAUGGAGCUGAUGACCGAGAGGAAGUUUUGCGCCUCGGUAACGCGGCUAAUCAUCAUAUGAACCAGAACUUCAUCCAACAGGCACGCGAAGCGUUGACGGCCAACUAUGCUCAAGCCGGUCAAGCGGCCAGAGAUCUUCUGAAUGGGUUUGUCAUGGGUAGGGAGAAUCGUCUGCCUGGAAUGCCGAUGCAGAUGGACCAGAUGUUGGACAUGCUGGGUCAGGGCCGUAUGCAUGAUCCGGCAGAGGAGAUGCAAGGCCAAGGUCAGGCCCGCGGACCUGGAAGACGACCGACGGUGAGGCGAAGAACGGCUGGGCCAGAUGCAGCCGGAAAUCGUGGAGAUGAAGAGAGGCGCUUUCACGAUUGGGCUAACAAUGUGGCGGCAUGA